GGAUGUAUAAUCCAUUCAAUGAGGAAGCUCAUACUUCACAAAACACUUUGAAAAGAAAGAGGCUUCAAAGUAAUAACGAAGAAGAAGAAGAAGAAGAAGAAUGCCGUACUGAUAGAACCAAAGCUUCCAAUGAUGCCACUUUUUAUUACCAGAAUAUAUUUCGGGUUCGAGUUCCAGACGAUAGUGUCCUUUGCCUUGUUGAAUUUUUAGGUCGUUGUGUAACCAAUCCUAACACCGAAGUGGAAUUUAAACUAGGCUUAGUCCUUGAGAAAGCAGAGAAUAGAAGAGUUUAUCUUCCUAUUGCUGCAGAGACACCUUUAAGCCCAGAGUUCAAUAAUAAGGUUCGUUUCCAGUCCAAGGUGGAUUUGGCCACAUUUAAGCUUCUCAAUAGUGUCCUGAACAACAGGGUCGAGAACUCUGCAAAAUUGGAGUUAGACGAGCAACGUAUUGUUUAUCGACGUAUUCAAGAAAUUGAUAGAAGAUAUCGUGAUAAUAUACGUCAAACCAGUAAACUUAUCAAGGAAGAUGAUGGAAAAGUAAGAGAAGAGCAGGUUUGGUAGGUACUACAGUUGUACUCAUGGGAGUAGUUCGUUUGAUGAUUAUGAUAUAUUUAGUUGCAUAUCAAAGCGUCGUAUAGACGACCUGAAUUUCCUUUCACCUCGUACAGCGUAUGACUUUCGUUGUAGCUGUUCUGUUGAAGAGCCGUGCUCUCCUCUUCCCAAUGUAAAACCCAUUUCACAACGUAAAAAGAAUAGGCUCUCUUAUCGUUGCAAGUUUGUUCAAGUAGAUAUUACCACGGUAACUUACAAGGACAUAUUUCAGUCUGUUUUUGUGAAGUAUGAUAUAGGUAUUUUCAUAUGAAGAUGGUCAGAUUGAUCUAUCUGAUACAGUUAAUGAUCCUUCCUCGCUUUCGUAUGAAGUUGAACUGGAGGUUACACCAGAAGCUUGUCUCUAUGAAGCUUGUGAGAAAAUGCGGCUUGGACAACCACACCAUGUUUUAGACAUUGCGCAGUGUGAGAAAGUAGUUUUGUUACUAUCUAUUCAAGAUUGAACUCAGUCUUGUUAGGUUUGUUGGAUAAUAUUCGGUAUCUCACCAGGUU